ACCAGGCCCGUGCUCCAGUAGUCUCACGUGUAGGUGGAGCCACGUUGUAUACGCCGGAUCACCAAUCACCGUCCUCCUCUCCUCGCCUCCAGAGAAGUCGAUUUGUUCCCCCAAAUCUCCGCCCUCCGCUCCACCGGCCGCCGCGCCCCGAUCCAGAUCAGGAGCUGUGAGAUGGACGCGAACAGGCGCGCCAGUGGGAUUCAGCAGCUGCUGGCUGCGGAGCAGGAGGCUCAGCAAAUCGUGAACGCGGCUAGAGCUGCUAAGUCAGCAAGGCUUAAGCAAGCGAAAGAGGAGGCUGAGCGGGAGAUAGCCGAAUACCGUGCCCAGAUGGAGGCUGAGUUCCAGAGGAAGGUUGCAGAGAGCAGUGGUGACUCUGGUGCGAACGUCAAGCGCCUCGAGGAAGAGACAGCGGCGAAAAUCGAACAGCUCAGCCAGCAGGCUGCAAGCAUCUCCCCAGACGUCAUUCAGAUGCUUCUGAGGCAUGUCACCACCGUGAAGAACUGAGGAACGAUGUCUCCAAGUUAUGCUUGCAAACUUGUAUCAUCGAAUCUAUUUAUUUUUGUUGGAGUGGUGGUGAUGAAUAAUAUGUCGCUUGUAUCCAUGAUUCCUUUUCUUGACUACGGAAUAAGCCGGCACAGCUUUAGCGGCAACCUUGACUUGGUACUAUCAGACCUUGCCAUUAUUUGGUACAUUUGGUAAAUAAUAUUGUUUUAUAAAUUGGUUUUUUGAACAAACUA